GAGGCGGGAGGCGGGCUUGCUCCGCCGGCGCCCUCGGUCUGCAGGCGGCCACGCAGCGGCGGGAGCGCGCGCCCCGGGGCGGCGUCGUCCUGGAGACCCCCGAGCGAUGGAAGCGGCGGCGCCGGCGGCGGCCGAGGCGGCUGGGCGCGAGGAGCUCGAUAUGGAUGUAAUGAGGCCCUUAAUAAAUGAGCAGAAUUUUGAUGGGACAUCGGAUGAAGAACAGGAGCAGGAGCUUCUGCCUGUUCAGAAGCAUCACCAGCUUGAUGAUCAAGAGGGUAUUUCGUUUGUACAAACUCUUAUUCAUCUUCUUAAAGGAAACAUUGGAACUGGUCUUUUAGGACUUCCACUAGCAAUAAAAAAUGCAGGCAUAGUGCUUGGACCAAUCAGCCUUGUGUUUAUAGGAAUUAUUUCUGUUCACUGUAUGCACAUUUUGGUACGUUGCAGUCACUUUCUAUGUCAGAGGUUUAAAAAGUCAACAUUAGGGUAUAGUGACACUGUGAGUUUUGCUAUGGAAGUAAGUCCUUGGAGUUGUCUGCAGAAGCAAACAGCAUGGGGGCGGAAUGUGGUUGACUUUUUUCUGGUGAUAACACAGCUGGGAUUCUGUAGUGUGUAUAUUGUCUUCUUAGCUGAAAAUGUGAAACAAGUUCAUGAAGGGUUCCUGGAGAGUAAAGUGUUUGUUUUGAAUAGUACCAAUUCAUCAAGUCCAUGUGAGAGAAGAAGUAUUGACCUAAGGAUAUACAUGCUUUGCUUUCUUCCAUUUUUAAUUCUUUUGGUCUUCAUUCGUGAGCUCAAGAAUCUGUUUGUGCUUUCAUUCCUUGCCAACAUAUCCAUGGCUGUCAGUCUUGUGAUAAUUUAUCAGUACGUUGUUAGGAAUAUGCCAGAUCUCCACAACCUUCCAAUAGUGGCUGGUUGGAAAAAAUACCCCCUCUUUUUUGGUACUGCUGUAUUUGCUUUUGAAGGCAUAGGAGUGGUCCUUCCACUGGAAAAUCAAAUGAAAGAAUCGAAACGCUUCCCCCAGGCAUUGAGUAUCGGCAUGGGGAUUGUCACAGCGCUGUAUGUGUCAUUAGCUACUUUAGGAUAUAUGUGUUUCCACGAUGAUAUCAAAGGCAGCAUAACUUUAAAUCUUCCCCAGGAUGUGUGGUUAUAUCAAUCAGUGAAAAUUCUGUAUUCCUUCGGCAUCUUUGUGACAUAUUCAAUUCAGUUCUAUGUUCCAGCAGAGAUAAUUAUCCCUGUGAUCACAUCCAGAUUUCAUGCUAAAUGGAAGCAAAUCUAUGAAUUUGCAAUAAGGUCCUUCUUGGUUACUAUUACUUGUGCCGGCGCAAUCCUCAUUCCUCGUUUAGACAUUGUGAUCGCGUUCGUCGGAGCUGUGAGCAGCAGCACGCUGGCCCUGAUCCUGCCGCCCCUGGUUGAAAUUCUCACGUUCUCUAAGGAGCACUACAGUAUAUGGAUGGUCCUGAAGAACGUGUCCAUCGUGUUCACUGGGGUUGUUGGUUUCUUAUUAGGGACAUAUGUAACUGUUGAAGAAAUUAUUUAUCCUACUCCCAGAGCUAUCACUAGCACUCCACACGGCCCCUCUUUAAAUUUGAAUUCAACAUGCUUUACAUCGGGUUUGAAAUAGUAGGAGCAGAGAUAUGAGUCUCCGGUUUCAAAAUGAUUUAAGAACCACUGGGACACGUUGGCAGUACUGAUAAGCUACAACAUAUUUCUUGGUUUUAAGUAUUAGCAGCAAUUUCAAAAAUUUUAGUUUUGAAAAUUGAAAAGAUUAAAAUGUUAAAUAAUUAAAGAAAUACUCUAUUACUUGUCUUUCAGUCAGAGAUGAUUCAACCAGGAUUCUGUCUUUUACCUCCAUGCUAUUCUUUUGUCACCUGGUUGAGGAGAGAACAGGGUUUCAGCAUUAAAAGAAUUAAAGAAGAAGGUAUAGGUAGCUGAAAUCUGACCACCCUAAUGAAUUUCAAAUAUCCUUCAUGUUAGUAUAGAAAUAUCUCAGUUGUGUUUUUAUUAGAGAGCCAGAUACUUACGUUUACCCUUUGGAAGUUUAGAAAACCCUCAUUAGCCAUGAUGUAAGCAUCAGAAAAUCCCCCAAUCAAGAGGGCCUGUGCAAGAGUCUGACUUAGUGUUUCAACCAGAUUUGAAAGAGACUUUAAAAGUUGUGGAAUACAAAUCCCCCCCCUUUUUUUUUUCACCUGUGGAAAUAGAUACCCAGGAUGGUUAAAGUUAACUUGAUUGAGACCACUCAGCUUGAGAUCAAGAGAACAUGAUCUUUGGAUUCCUGGUCCAGGAUUUUUUUUUUUUCCCAGGAUUUUUUAUCUUUCAUGUCACAUCCUAGAAAAAGAAUAAAUUAUGUUCAGUUCAA